UCCUGCCUGACGAGACAUAUGAGGCACUGGGAUUGACCAGCAUGUCGACAGUGCUAUGCACAAAGUUCCUUUUAAACUCCGGAUUUCAUUUUGUGCUCACAGCUAAGUUCUCAAGUGACGAUGUAGAGUCACUAUUUUCUACAAUACGACAAUUGAAUGGGUCCAAUCCCCAAACCGACGCCUAUGCAGCGCUAUCAUCUCUACAGAAAAUAUUGGUGACUGGAAUCAUCCACGCGUCAUCCAGUGCCAAUGCUGGGAGUGUGGUGGGCUCGCUGGGGAAGACAUCAAAACUGUUUCCCAUUCCUGUGAAGGCCACUUCCGACAGUGGUAUCAAGAAGCUUUGGCUCCCACAUCUCGCUGCACUGGAGCGCUAUCCAAGUGCCCCUCAACGAAGCCUUCGAGCGAGCACACUGGCGAUGAUUGCUGGCUUCUUGGUCAGAGCCGUGCAAGACUGCAUUGCAUGUGAGGGCUGUCUCAUUAAUUUGAGGGCGCCAGCCUCUCCGCCUACUACUACUGCCAUCAUAGCAGGCAUGGACAGGGGAGGGCUAUCGUACCCUAUCUUGGCUUUCGUAGGGUUCGUCAGCCGCCUGGAAGGUGCUGCAUCAAGUGUGGCUCCUGUGCUUGUUAGGGGGCAAACGCCGCUUAAGAAGUUUGCAGAUCUAGUGCUGCCGUCACUUACAAAAAAUCCGCUGUUUGUAUGCUUGAAGGACACCAGAGAGCCUCACAGAAGGGCCCUGCUAAAGCUGAUUGUCCACAAGUUUAUGAGGCCAUUUUUGUCUAAUUUUGCCUCUGAUCUCACAGAAGAGCACGCCAAACGAAAAUUAAUUAAUGCCAGACCGAAAUCACGAAAGAUCCUAAAAGUGUAAGAAUCUGGCUGACCUGAAAUAAAGUUCUGGCCACGACCGGCUCUUGUGUCUGGCAAACAAGCUUUUCUAGUCUGGGUUUAUUCAUUUUUCAUGUAGAGUGCGUCUUGAAAUGAUUAACAAUCGGGUGAAUGCUCCUGAAAACGAGUAAGUGUGCAUAGCGCGCUUUUUGUCGUAAAUUGGCGGAAAGUAGCGCGGCUUCGCCCUGGGAUGCUGCUAGGUACAGAGCAGUAGCAAUCGUGUUCAGAUUGUGCAGCUGAGCGCGCAAAAAAAAAAAAAAAAACGCCGCUCGAGUAGCACCAGAGCCGCGCCCACCACUACAACCGCUCUUUGAGCUUGUUUUAGCUGCAAAACUGCUGCGCUGAGAAAGAAAAUUAUUACCGCUAUCAGCCUUUAGUCGGGUACAGCUUUUUGUGGCUAUGCAGGGGAAUUGCUACGAGCGCGAGACGCCUGCUUCUGCGCUGUUCUCGCGCGCUCAUGAGCCAGAGACUUAGGCGUGUUAGCUGACAGCUCGCGCUCUUAACUACCACUGUAUACAGAAAGCUGUCCACGAUUAUUGCAUCUGAUGAAUAUUAACACGUCUUUGCGGUGUGUGCUUAAACGAUGCGGUUUAACUUGGCCUACCGGCAACAUGGUAACGCAAGCGUACUGAAGCUAACAGAAGCGUACGGCGGGCGCUGCCGAAAUGAGGGUAACUUGUGGCGCCACCUGUUGCGGCGCGCCGUCCCUCCUGAACAGUCACGUGA